AUGCAUGUACAGGAGACCACGCCUGAGCCUGGCAUAAAAGGGACACAGGGUGAGCCCUUUCAUCCAGAUGUUCGGAGGAAGCCACAGGAAGCAGCAGCAGCAGAAAUCUGCCCGCCUCCAGAAGAGAUUGAACAUGGGCAUAUCGAACGCUUCGUCAGUUAUCUUGACCCUUAUUACCAGCUACAGACUCCAAUCAAAGGGCCGUUCCAGUGUGACCAGCAGACGCAGCUCUGGCUGAACAAAGCAGGCGAUGCAGAACUUCCGGUCUGUGAGCCAGUGUGCGGGAAGCCAGAGUCGCCGGUCAGCCAAGUGCAACGCAUCAUUGGGGGCUUCAGGGCUGCCAACAACAGCUUUCCAUGGCAAGUGAAGUUGCUCACCAGACACAAUCUCACGGUGGGUGCCACACUGAUCAGUGACCGAUGGCUCCUGACCACGGGCCGCAACCUUUACCUGAACCACAGUGCUGAUGCCCAACCAGAGGAGAUUGCGCCCACCCUGCAGCUUUUCCUGGGUGAUGGGCAGCCAGCUGGCCCUGUGGAGCGCAUAGUCCUGCACCCCAACUUCACAGGAGAGGUGGAUCUGGCCCUGCUGCACCUCCAGCACAACGUGUCUGUCGGGGCGGCUGUGAUGCCCAUCUGCCUGCCCCAGAAAGACUACGCCAAGCCCGGGCAGGUGGGCUUUAUCUCUGGCUGGGGCCGCAACGUCUUCUUUGCCCACCCAGAGCGCUUGCGUUACGUGCAGCUGCCCGUGGCCGACCAAGAGGACUGUGCCACAUACUACGCGGCCGGCAGGCCCUACGGUGUUGAGUUGCUGCUGGGCAACCAGACCUUCUGCGUGGGCAUGAGCGAGCUGCGGGAAGACACCUGCUUUGGGGAUGCCGGUGGGGCCUUUGUGGUGCAGGACCCCAACGACGACAUCUGGUACGCAGCAGGCAUCCUCAGCUUCGACAAGACCUGCUCCACCGCCAAGUACGGGGUCUAUGUGCGGCUCUUCAGCCUGCUGGGCUGGAUCAAGGAGACGCUGGCUGCUGCCCCCUGAGCCACGCCGGGCUCAAGUGCCCCCCUCCAUACUGGGGUAAGCAGCGACCCCGCGGAGGUCAAGCCACGGCCUCCCCCUCCCCCAGGAGCAAAGCACCCCCCCACCUUUGUUCUACCAACCCAUUAAAGUCCCAGGCUGUAAGGCACCUGAGGCCGGUGCGUGGAUGGGUCACCGCCUGGGAACCACAUGCAAGCCGCAUUGGGUUUCUAGCAUGCAAAGAAAGGCGAGGUAGAAAUGUAAGAAACAACAAUAAUAAUAAUAAUAAACAAUUAAAGCUUUUGGUGGUUUGUUCUGGACAGCUUGCUGGUGGCUCUUGGGUGACUGGGCGCCCCAACCUUUUCCUUCGCAGGGCGGCACUCCGAGCAGCGGGGGCGCCCCAGGCUGAAGCCGAGCAGCAGGGACGGGCCAGCGGGAGCCCCGUUGCUCCGGGCGCCCUCUCCGCCGGCAGGGGGGGAGACGCCACCCGGCAGCCCCUCCGGAGGCCAGGGACCCCUCGCCGGGAGGGAGGGUCGGUCUCGGGGGCCCUGAGGGGCACCGGAGACGGGCGGGCUGCCGGCCGAGAGGAGGAGGAGCGCCGUCGGCUGUGACGUACGGAGGGCGGGAGAAGCCCCGCCCCCCGGUUCGGCCACUGCCGCCAUAGACCUAUAAAACUGGUAGAGGGACUGCAGUCCGAGCCGCGCUGGCGAAGCCCGUCGGGUAGAGAGCGCGGUAGCCGCGCGAGGUCUCCAGGGUCUGGAAGUCACCUACCGGGAUUGUCACUCGGCAGCCCUGCGGGGCCCCUCCAACCAGGGUCUCUCUCCCCCCGCCGACCCGGCUGCAACGCGGCUGCGCAGUGGCCCCUUCACUCCCCCAGAAUCUCAGUGAGGCCCCAACACAACUCUGAGGCACGCUAAGGUUUUCCUAGCUCUGUAACGCUCUUCGGCGGCUGUAGGAGCCCACACCAAUGCUCGCGAGGGGGCGGUGCUACAACAUCGCCUUCCGGCCGCCGCCGCGCCUCCUAGCGCCCACCACGAGGAUGAAAAAGUUUCACUUCCGCCUCUAGUUCAAAACUGCAGGUUGCAGCCGCAGCCGCAGCCGCAUCCCCUUUUGGAAAAGCUGCGGGGAGACAUGAUGAUGUCCAUCCAAAUGGUGCUUUAACGCCAGGUGCUUUAUCUGUUAACUAUUUCAAGAACGUGCAAACUGUCAUUGGAAAAGUAACUGAUUUUUUAAAAUAAACGUUAGUUAUUUAUUAUUUGAA